CAAGGAGUCUUGUGCAGACACUCAGCCUGGGACGUGGAACGCUGAAGUGAAUACAACCAGAUCACUAAAAGUGUGGCUGAAGUUCAUCUUGUUUUUGAGUUUAAAUGAUUAUGAUGCUGAACACAGCCAUCUUCAGCUGGUUUUUGAUAAAUGUUAUGGUGAUGGCAUCACAUCCGAACCUAAGACGUAGUGAACACUCUUUUGCUCUUUCUGACACAGACGUACUACCUAUACUGGAGCACCUUGAAAGAAACUCUGCAGAAGAAAAACUGCUAGAAGACCUUGGAUCCUAUGAUGAGGAUCUGGGUAAAGCUGUACGGCUUCAGAGAAGAGGCACCCGUUCCCCCAGCCGCUGUAUCCCUCAUCAGCAGUCCUGCCUGGGCCACCACCUGCCCUGCUGCAACCCCUGCGAUACGUGUUACUGCCGUUUCUUUAAAGCCUUCUGUUACUGCCGUAGCAUGGACCACACCUGCAAAAACUAAUAUGCAUAGAGCCAAAUUCUACCCUGAAAUGGCUAAUGGUGGCUUAACGUUUACAGUUUAUACAGUUAUAGCAUGUACAGUAUAUGUGGAUAGUGCAAACAUACAGCCAUACACUAUCCACAGAGAAGUUUAAUAUAGACCAAAUAUAAUGGUUAAUAAUGUGUUAAGAAAGCUGCACAAAGUAUAGAGUGCACAUUUGCUCUUAACACUUUUAAUGCUGCAGUUUAAGGUGUAAUUUUAUUGCAAUUUUAAGGUAAAUAUCUACUCAUUGCCUGUAAUAUUUUGUAUAUAUGCAUUCAAUAAACUCUUAUUGCAGA